UUACGCAUGUAGUGGCACAUCAGCGCCUACUACAAACCUCGUGACUCGCGGUGUCGCUCAGUUUGCAACCUGGUCCUUCUCGGGAGGCUCAUUUUCGUAACUGAUUUCCUUUCCUAAUUCUUCUCUGUUUCUGCCCAACUCGCCAUGAAAGGUUGCAUUUGAAAAGAGACUUGACGAUGCCACCACAACGCACGGGGCCCGUGGCCGUGCUGCCGCCGGAGCCUGAAACCAGUGAAGAGGCGGCGCCGCUGCUGCCCCCGGAGGUGCCCGACCGACUCACCAUCAUGUCCCGCGUCGCCUACGGGGUGGGCCACGUGCUCAAUGACGUGUGCGCCUCCAUGUGGUUCUCGUACACUCUGCUGUUCAUGCAUGCAGUGACAGGCAUGCCCGGCGCCCAGGCCGGCGCCAUCCUCAUGCUCGGCCAGGUGGUUGACGCCCUGGCGACGCCACUCGUCGGCAUGGUGGCCGACAAACCCAUGGCCGGACCCCUCCGCAAAUACGGGAGACGGAAAGUGUGUCAUCUUGUUGGUACAAUACUAGUGAUACUGUCAUUCCCCUUCAUCUUCGCACCAUGCUGGUUGUGCGCAACGCCGAUUAGCGUGACCCCGGUGCCAGGGCAGCUGCCGGAUCCAGGAAUGAUGCCUCCGGACACAGUUGACUGGUGGCAGCAAAUAAUUUACUACGCGCCCCUGGUCACCAUUUUCCAAAUCGGCUGGGCCGCUGUGCAGAUUGCUCACCUCUCACUCAUCCCCGACCUCACGGCCAGUGCCCACGGCCGCACAGAACUCACGGCAAUUCGAUACAGCAUGUCUGUUGUCUCAAGCAUUGCCGUUUACAUGAUCACUUGGUCAGUGCUGCGAGUGACCAGGAAGAAUCCCGGUGAUCAAAUUGGCCCACAGGAUGCAUUCAAAUUCCAGAACAUCGUGCUAAUUGGCGUCGGCCUGGGCUCUCUGUUUUCACUGUGGUUCCACGUUUCGCUGAAAGAGCCGCCGUCGCUGCAGCAGAAGCAAAGCGCCGCCAAGAGAGAUAAAGAGCAGGCUCCUCUGCUCUUCAAGUCGACGUCCGCUUUUUUCAAGGACCCGCGCCUCUACCAGGCGGCUGUGCUCUACGUUUCCAGCAGGCUUUUCACUACCCUCAGUCAGGUUUUUGUGCCGCUUUACCUGGACGAGUCUCUAGGCGAGGACGCCGAGAGUCUGGCGUUGGUGCCGCUGUGCACGUUCAUCGCCAGCUUCGUCGCGUCCCUCGUUGUCAAAUACAUGAACAAGGGCCUCGGCAGAAUGGUCACCUACAUGGUUGGCGCGCUGCUCUGCAUGAUUGGCUGCAUCUGGAUUUACGUUGGCGAGGGGCUUACCUUCCAAAACAGGGAUAUCUACUUUGUUGCUACUCUACUUGGAACCGGUAGUUCGGUGACUCUUGUGACCAGUCUCUGCAUAACCGCCGAUCUCAUCGGAGACAGCACUGACAGUGGCGCGGCAGUUUACAGUGCGGUUACAUUUGCUGAUAAACUAUUCAAUGGUCUCGCAGUAAUGGUCAUCGAAAGUUUGAAAUGCCCAAAUAAAUGGGAAUGUCCUCACUAUUACCGAGACGCGGUUGCUUUCGUCUGCGGAGGCACGGUUUUGGUGGGAAUUCUUACCCUCGUCACAUAUUGGCGGCCGAGACUCUGGUGCCAAGGAAGCAGAGCAAAUCGGAUCCCUUGAAAUUGUGAUUUUUAAAUUUUUUACGCGCGCUUUUAAAAGUUUAUAACCCUUUUCUAGUUUGGUUCAAAACUAAACGUCACCUCAAAUUGAAUCGAAAUGACCAGUUUUAAAUAUAAAAAUAUAUAUUUUAUUUCCUAACGCUAUUUUGUUUAUGUAAAAUGAUAAAAUAAAAGCAAUGGUUAGUUUAUUUUAAUUCAGAACUUUGUAAGGAUUAUUUUCUUUAUUUACAAUUUUCUAUUUGGUAUACAUGUGUUUUCUUUCAAUGCAUUGAUCAGUUGUCACAUCUCACCAUAGCGAUUUUCUAUCUCGUUCUGCUCAAUAAAUAAAUAAUUGUAUAUUAUUACAUUUAAAGUUAAAACAAGUCUUCUAUUACACUCUGUCUGUUGCUGUUUCUUCGUGUAUCUGCCUCCUGUGUGUACGGAAAAAAAUAGAGCAAUGUAAGUAAUUGGUUGAUUGACAUUUGAAUCGCGUGGAAAACCAUAAAAAAAUAGGCAUGUAAUAAAUAAAAUUAACAAUCAGGGCGGAAAAUCGAGAGUUUGAACUGCAAAAAUCAUCUGGUGCGUACAAAAAAAUUAUAAAGCGUUUCAUAUUAAAGUAUCAUAUUUUCCAUCAUUUUGUGAGCGCGGUACACAAGUGUAUCUUACAGCUUAAGUUCCAGUUCAAUAUACUUGAUGGUUUCGAACGAGAAUUAAAUAAUAUAUUAAUAAUCAGUUUUUAAUCAUAAUUUCACCUAGGGUUUCAUUAUUUUUUUUAUUCACAUUUAAUUUUAAGUUAGACAAAAAAUGCUCAUCUCAGGUUGAUGUUGUUGUAUGUGGACAAUAAAUUUUUAAAUUUAAUUCAAUUACGCAAUCAGAGAAAAAAUUGUGUCUCUUGA